ACUUUUGGCAAACUUCAGUACCCUCCAUUACUAUUAACUCAUUUUGUAAAGGAAAAAUUGUCAAAAAUAAGUCAACCUUUAGCUGGUUUUCUCAAAGUAAGUUAAUCUUUCGAUUAACUCAAAAUAAAUAGACCUUAUUACCCCUCUACUUUAAAUGCGUUUUUUUACCGGUGCCCUGCUACGAAAAUAUUAGUAGGUAAUUUUUUUUUUUCUUUUUAUUUACCUUCAAUUCUCACCUUUCGUAAAAAAAAUUAAGAAAAGAACCACCCACUAAUCAGACCCACGCACAAACCACCUCAAAUUCUCCCAGCUCCGAUCACUGCCCAAAAUUAACACCACUGAGCCGCCCCUUUUCAAUUUAAUUUAGAGGUGGGAAAGGAUGAGAAAUUUAGGUAUAAUAAUUAGCAUCAUUAUCCAUGAUAAUUAUGGUAAGAAAAUUGAAAGCAAUCGACAAGUAUGAAACAUUAAAAACAAAAUGCAGCUAAGGCAAUGAAUAUUGAGAACAAAAAAAGUGGAAAAAAAAAAAUUAGAAAUCUAGGCAAGAGAUCUCAGUCAGCUUGCUAAUGGCGAUAACCUCUAGGGAGUGGAGUAAUGGCAAUGAAUGAGUAGGAAAGUUGGUGAUUUCGGGAUGGGGAAGGGCGGGAGUGGUGGUUUCGGGGGUUGAGGGAGGGCGGAGUGAUGGUUUCGGUUGUGGGGGAAUGGGAGGCGGGGAAAGGGAGUGGUGGGCAACUGGUGGCCGGUGGGGAGGUGGGUAGGGGUGGGGGAGCGGUGGCAAGGGAGGAUGAGGGGUGGCUGGGGAAUGAGUAGGAGAGAAAAAGAGUAUUUUUUUAAUUAAAUUGAAAAAAAUUAAGUUUUUUUAAAUAAUUAAUUAAAUUAUUCAUAUUAAUUAAUUUUUUUUUAAAAAUGACCAAUAAAAUUAUAACAAGUGGCAUAUUUUACCAUUCAUUCAGUUACUCUCUAAUUCAACAAUUUUAAACUCAUUUUGAGAAGGUUUGUUUUUUUUUUUUUUUUUUUUUUCAGACAUUAUGUGAAGAUAUCCUCUAAACGUCGACUUAUUUUGAAUUAAUUGAUAACUUGACUUAUUUUGAGAAGGUAUCCUCAAAAUAACGACUUAUUUUGAAUUAAUCAAUAGCUUGACUUAUUUUGAUAAUACUGAUUAAAGGUUUGACUUAUUUUUAACAAAUUUUUCUUCGGUAAAAACCAAAACUUGAAAAAACUAGUUGAACAAAAUGACAAAUCCCUCAAACAUCUCGAACAUUUGAAACCAAAAAAAAAAACAGCAAAACAAAGAAAGAGGUUAGGCAAGUGAAGUUUGCAAGAGGGUAUCGUAUAUUCGUAUAUUUGUGGGUUUGAAUCCGAAUUCCGCUAACCAGUCAAUUAGUCAGCUCCCUCCUCACAAGUCCAACAUGCGUCCAACUUUUCCACCCUUUUAACACAUUCAUAAAACAUUCAUAUCAUUACAUUUCCAAUUUUAUCCCUUCACUCAUUUUCUCUCUCCUCCUCCUUUCUCUCUCCUCUCUCCGGCGAAUGCCGCUUUUCUCACCGGCGACUUUCUCGCCGUCGUCGGAAACUCCCAUACCGCCGCCCACAUUCUUCUUCUCUAACCUCUGAAACAACCCUUUUUUUCUCUCUCCUUAAACCGCCAUUAAAAUGCCGAUUCGAGCUCUUCUCUUCCUUCUUUCUCUCUCCUGUUUCUUCUUCUUCUUCUCCACUGCCGCCAUUGACAGAGAUUUAUCCGCGCUUCUCGCCGUCAAAUCCGCCAUUUCUGUUGAACCUUCUGGGACACUUUCGAACUGGACUGCUAAGACUCACUACUGUGAGUGGCGUGGUGUUUCUUGUGACUCUUCUAAUGGUAGAGUGGUUUCUGUUAAUCUUACGUUUUUGGGUGGAAAUGGUGGUUCUUCUGCUCUCGCCGGAACCCUAGCUUCUUCCGUCGGAAACUUGACGGAGCUUAGGGUUUUGUCGAUUGCUAAUAAUGGGUUUUCCGGCGAGAUUCCGGUGGAAAUUGGAUCUUUGCGGCGUUUAGAGGUGGUUGAACUUCAGGGGAAUAAUUUCUCCGGGAGGAUCCCGAAUGAGAUAAGCAAUCUUACUUCGUUUUCGCUUCGUUUGCUUAAUUUAUCGUUUAAUUUGCUUACUGGGAAAGUUCCGGGUAGUUUAAUUGGGUCUGGGAAAAUUAGGGUUCUUGAUUUGUCUGAUAAUCAGCUGUCUGGUAAGAUUAAUGUGGGUCAUGAUUGUUGGUUUCUUACACAUUUGAAGCUUUCGAAUAAUUUUCUUGUUGGUAAUGUUCCUGCUGAGAUUGGAAAAUGUAUGAAUUUGAGGACAUUGUUGCUUGAUGGGAAUAUUUUGGAAGGUCGUAUACCUCCUGAGAUCGGCCGUUUGUCGGAACUUAGGGUCUUAGAUGUUUCUAGAAAUAGUCUUACGGAUACGAUUCCGAGGGAGCUUAGUAAUUGCCGGAAGUUGGCUGUUCUUGUGCUGACUAAUUUGGUUGAGUAUAGUGAUGAUAGAUCUUUGGAUAUUUUUAGGGGUGAGUAUAAUGCAUUUGUGGGAGGUGUUCCUGAAGAGGUAUUUACGAUUCCUGCAUUGCAGGUGUUAUGGGCGCCUAGAGCGAAUAUUGGCGGCCGCUUGCCUUGGAAUUGGACUAAGUAUUGCUCAUUAAGAGCUCUGAAUUUGGGUCAGAAUUAUAUUGAUGGUAUUAUACCGGAGGGUAUUGCAAUGUGUAGAAAUUUGACUUUUUUGGAUUUAAGUUCAAAUGGUCUCUCUGGAAACUUCCCUUUGCAGCUUCAAGUCUCAUGCAUGGUGUAUUUGAAUGUUAGUUGGAACUCACUUUCAGGUCUUCUUCUGCCAUCUGAAAAUCAUAAUUGUGGUGGAGGUGUGAACUUGAAGAGGGAUAAUUUGUAUUAUCUCGAUGAAGAAGAUAUUCACAAUGUUUACUUCCGUGUCAACACGUGGGAUCCUGAAUCGAAUGUCCAAUAUGGUGCAAUGUCAGAUGAUAGUCUGGUGAUAAAACAUGAUUUUGGGAGGAACAAAUUCACUGGUUCAUUGCCUUUAUUUUCUUUGUCAGCUGGGUUGUUCGAUCUCAAUGGUAAUGUAUCAUAUGAGCUUUUGCUGAAUGAAAAUAGCUUCAAUGGGUCUCUUCCUGGCAAGUUUUUAUCUGGUUGUCAAAAUGUUUGUGGUAUUUAUGUGAAUCUGACUGCUAAUAAGAUAUCUGGGGAGAUAUAUACAACGCUACUUCAGGAUUGUUUGGAGCUAAAAAGUUUUGAAGUAGCCCAGAAUCAGAUGUGGGGGUCAAUUUCAUCAGAUAUCAUUAAAUUGAAUAUGCUUAGUAAUCUUGAUUUAAGAGAAAACCAGUUAUCUGGGCCUCUACCUAAGCAGUUGGGAGACUUGAAAUCUCUGAAAUCACUACUUCUUGGCAGGAAUAACUUCACUGGGGAGAUUCCUCCACAACUUGGUCAAUUGACUAACCUUGAGGAUUUGGAUCUGUCCGAAAACAAUCUCAAAGGACCAAUUCCUAGUGCAUUGGCAAAUGCAAGCAAUCUAAAAGUUCUUUUGUUGGAUCACAAUGUGCUUACGGAUGACAUACCUUGGUCAUUCUCAUCCUUGUCCCAUCUUGUGGAGUUGGAUGUUUCAUUUAACAAUCUCACGGGUCAUAUUCCGCACCUACAAAAUAUAAGUGAUUGUGCAAGCUUCAAGGGUAAUAGAUUUCUGCAUUCAUGUCCUGAUCCUUAUUCGGUACCACCAGCUGGUCUGCCAGUUCCCCUUGAAGUUGAGAAAGUGCACCAUCGAAGGAAAAUGAAAUCCUUAAUAAUUGCAGCAGCGACUUCUGUCUCAGUUGUAAUUGCCGUUAUCCUAGUGAUAGUGCUUGGGCUUGUUUUUGGCAAAAAGAAGCUGGGUAGACUCACUUGCCUGAGAAGAAAAGUAGUUGUGACUUUUGCUAAUACCCCAGUAGAAUUGACUUAUGAUAAUGUGGUGAGUGCAACUGGGAAUUUUAGCAUUCGGAACUUGAUUGGUACUGGUGGGUUUGGUUCAACUUACAAGGCUGAACUUGUCCCAGGUUAUCUUGUAGCUGUUAAAAGGUUGUCCAUAGGCAGAUUCCAAGGGAUCCAACAAUUUGAGGCAGAGAUUAAGACGUUAGGGAGAGUUAGACAUAAGAAUCUCGUCACCCUAAUUGGAUACUAUGUAGGAGAUACUGAAAUGUUUUUGAUUUACAAUUAUCUUUCGGGGGGAAACCUCGAGACAUUCAUACAUGACAGAUCAGCAAACAAUGUUAAAUGGCCAGAAAUUUACAAGAUAACAGACGAUGUAGCUCAUGCCCUUGCCUACCUUCACUAUUCAUGUGUUCCUCGAAUAGUUCAUAGGGAUAUCAAGCCAAGCAAUAUUUUGCUAGAUGAGGAGCUUAAUGCCUAUCUCUCUGACUUUGGGUUAGCUCGGCUGCUUGAAGUUUCUCAGACUCAUGCCACAACUGAUGUUGCAGGCACAUUUGGUUAUGUGGCACCAGAGUAUGCAACCACAUGUAGGGUUUCGGACAAGGCUGAUGUUUACAGCUUUGGUGUUGUGCUUUUAGAAUUGAUGUCAGGGAAGAAAACUCUUGAUCCAUCAUUUUCUGAGUAUGGUAAUGGGUUCAAUAUCGUUGGAUGGGCCAUGUUACUGAUGGACGAGGGGCGGUGUUCUGAGUUCUUCUACUUGGAAUUAUGGGAAGCAGGGCCUGAAGAGAACUUGUUGAAGAUGUUGCAGCUUGCGUUGUCAUGUACUGUGGAGUCGCUUUCUAUUAGGCCAUCAAUGAAACAGGUUCUUGAGAAAUUGAAACAACUGAGUUCCUGAUGGCACAAUGUGCUGUUCAAUCAAAAGCAUCUUGGUGUACUUUAUGAUACAUCCACUUGUCAAAAAUACAUAUUCUUGAAGUCAAGACAAGUUCAGCUGGAGGCAAUGGCAUUAUCAGAAGUAAGGCAGGAGACCAAGUUUGUAUCGGACAACUUUGGUCACUUAAUGUUGUGGGAUUUUGUACCCGUCCCUUGCCAGGGACAAUUCCUGUUUAUCUAUUCAGCACGGGAUGGCUACCCACAUACAGCAGAGGAGCGUAGUCAACUAGUCAUUGAAUAUAUAUUCUUAUGAGAAUUGCAAGUCUAAGGUCACACGUUGAAACAGAAUCAGAAUUCUUGGAUGUGAUAUGUUGAGGAGAAAUGAAAGGCAAUAUGCUGUCAGCUUUUGGUGAAAAUGAUCAUAGACAGUAGGUGAAACUGAUUCCACGACUAAUUGCUUAUUGGAUAAAAACUAUGAGUCUACGACUAGCAAACUUCCAAGAUAGCCAUUGUGUUGCAUGAUGAUGGCAUAUAAGACCAGCACAUCGAAGAGGACCUGUUAACUGCAGUAUAAAUUUUAAAUAAAUGGCCUGCAAUAUAAAGCUUUUAUGUUUUCUCUAGCCGGCAGAAAAUCUGAAGUCUGCAGUUUUCCAUGUAUGGUAGACAGGUUUUCCAGCUAGUACCCCUGUAUGAUUUUAUGCAGUUUAUAUGUAAAGGAAAACUUGACUCAUGACCGGCAAAGAACCUGACUAUCAUUUUUGUAGCCUGAUGGCCCUGAUGAGCACAGUUUUGCACAGAUGCAUUUCUGCCAUCAGACCAUCAAUGUUAAAAGGGCAUGUUAUGGUCAGUUAUCCGA